AUGACGGAAUUAAGCAGUGGUAUAGAGGUACGCGGCGAAAAAGGUGGCGCCAAGGGUCGUUCCAUCCAUGCAACACGCCGCUUUGAGCCGGGAGACAUCAUGGCCCGGUUCAACAACCCGGCCGUCGUGCUCCCGCCGGGCCCACGCGCGCUAGAAUAUUGCAACCAGUGCCUCAACCAGCAGCAGGAAGACGUCCCAGCCACGGAGAAGCUCCGCGCCUGCACGGGAUGUAAGACGGUGGCCUACUGCGGACCGGCGUGUCAGCGAGCCAACUGGUCCGUGGUCCACAAGGUCGAGUGCAAGGCGAUUCAGAGGCUUCACAAGACUAAGCCAGCGGACCAGCCGAACUGGGUGCCGACGCCGGUCCGGGCAGCGGCGCAGGUCAUGCUCCGGCCCAAGGUGAUGGAGAAGUUUGAGGAGCUAGAGGGCAAUGUCGAAUCGUGGCAGGGCAUAGAGAUGGUGAAGUUGCAGCUUCAGGCGCGUGGUGUUGUGAUGUGUCUGGGUGGCGAUGAAAAUUCGACUGACCUGCUGGAGAGUGCCUUUCAGGUUCUGUGCAAGCUUCAAACGAAUGCUUUUAGUGUGUCAGAGGAUGAGACUGAUGGCGUUUACUUGGACACAACACUUGCCAUGAUGAAUCACUCAUGCAGCCCCAAUGCCAUGGUCCAGUUUGAUGGCAGGUUAGCCUCACUCCGCGCAAUGGCUUUCAUCGAGCCCGGGGAUGAGGUCGAGAUAUCUUACAUCGACGAAACACAGCCAAAGAGCAAAAGACAUGAAAACCUGAGAUCAUAUUACUUUGAUUGCAAGUGCUUCAAGUGUAUCGAAGACCUGGACGAGUAUCAAAUCGCCCAGAAAGAUCCGAGAGUUGCUAGGCUGAAUGAGCUGAGUGUAACACCUGAUAUCGAGAGAUUCAAACACCCCCAGGUGGCCGACAAAGAUGGAUUGCGGCAAGCCAUUGAAGUCCAAAAGCUUCUAGAAAUGUUUCCUGUGCAACUCCGCAAUAUGGAACCCGCAGCGAAGCACAAGUGGCUGAGGAAGGCGUACAAGUCGGCCUCGUGGUUUCCCACGAAUGGCCGAUGGGCCAUUGAGCCCUUUGCUCAGCUCGUGGACGAGGCGGCAGUCUAUUUUGGGAAAACUCUAGGCAAUCACGAGUGCGCCUUGGCCAUCGCCUGCCUGACGGCCUAUGAGGUCGAACCGUACAAGCAUCCCAUCCCCUUCCACGUAGAGAGAAUAAGAGGUCUCUCUGCCAUUGCCACCGAGCUAUCUCAAACAGCGCCUGAGCCGGAAAAGCUGGUGAAGCUGGCGAGGGACAUGGCUGCGAAGAAAAAGUUCUCUGCCGCCGGCGUCAGAGUAUUGGCGGAUCUCGACCAGGUGUCAAUGUGCCAGAUGGUUUUGUCCUUGAUUAAUUCGUACAAGGAUCGGACGCCAACGGUCGACUGGGACGGUAUCAUGUUCAGAUGGAUGGUUGCUGAAAUUGAGAGCCUUCCGGGCAGAGACAGGGAGAACAGCCUGAUCAACGCCUGGAUCAUGGAUCCAAAGGGAAUGGAUCAAUUCUUCCGAUAUGCUCUGGUAGAGCCGCUCAAGGCGUUGUCUGAGCUUGGAAAAGCUGUGUUGGAGGUGGACUUGGGCGAGGACCGCGAUUUAUCCGCUUAUUGA